AUGCUCCAGUUGCCACCCCGACGCAAGCGUUCCAUUCGACCGCAACAUCCAAUCGUUCAUCUACAAAAAUCAAACAAGAACCCAUAUCUGCAGGGCGAAAUUCUGAAGACGGUCUCGAAGAAGGAUGGCAGAAACGUAUGGUAG